CAAAACUGUCACGUGGGCCGGGCGUUUCAAAGUCAAGGCCGUCAUCAGACAAACCUUUCCGACAACCGUCGUCCGGGCAACCGAAAGAAAACGCAACGCCCGCGGCCGGUCAUGGCAACGACGAAUCACCCCCGUCCCAGUUCCACUCCUACCAGAAACAGAGGCGGUUCUCGUCCCCCAACAAGACUGCCUCCAAAAAAUCCUCGACCGUCUCCAGAUACUCGGCCGGCGCCAAACACAGCAGCACCAUCUCGGUUCCCUCCAUCGGCGUCCAGCCGGACUUGACGACUCAGCAGUCGGCGGGCACGCCGGGCAGGCAGAAUGUGACUUCGCUGUACAUUCAGUCAUCCCCAGGUCAGGACGCGAGGUCAGGGCAGUUCGACCCGUCUUCCCAGAGGUGAGUGGAGCCCUCCGAGUAGUUUAACAUGUUUUAUUGUGUCAGUUUUGAAUUUGGAAAAAGAUAGGGCAACAGCAAAGUAGGUCAAUAACUACAUUGUAGUAUAACCGCAGCUCUCUUGUAGGCUUGGAUAUAAAGGAACAAGAAAAUAUACUUGUUAAUUUUUUCUGUUUGUUAAAUUUUAUCUAUAAAAUAACACAGUUUGUUUGGGAAGGGGGGGGGGGGUUGUCUUAUGUAAUAAACCAUCAGCGAACUAACGAAAUCGGCUAAUAAAUAUUAAUACAGAACAUGGUUCUAUUUUGAUUGUCACCAAAACUGCCCAUAUGUGUGUGUCAACGAGGGAUCAUGACACAGAUCUCAUAUUUGUGUGUCUUUGAAGGGCAUGACAUCGAUCCAAUAUGUGCGUCCUUGAAGGGCAUGACACAGAUCCCAUAUUUUUGUGUCUUUGAAGGGCAUGACGUAGAUCUAAUAUGUGUCCUUUUAAAGGCGUGACACAUGUCCCAUAUGUGUGUGUUCUAAAUGGCAUGACACAGAGCCCAUAUGUGUGUCCUUAAAGGGCAUGACACAGAUCAAAUAUGUGUGUGACCUUGAAGGGCAUGACACAGAUCAAGUAUGUGUGUGACCUUGAAGGGCAUGACACAGAUCACAUAUGUGUGUGUCCACAAGGGAGCCUGACACAGAUUCCGUAUGAUUGCGUCCUUGAAGGGCGUGACACAGAGCUUUAGUAUUUAAUUGUUCGCUUAUGGUGUGUGAUAAAGAGGUGUGUACAAAAGCGCUAACAGUGGCGUAGCUAGGGUUAGCGUCUCCCUGAGUGAGACGAACUCCCCCCCCUCCCCAUGAUAACAAAGUUUGAUUUCUUUCUUGUAUUGAACACACCAGGACGUUGGUGACACAGAGCCCAGGGAAUGAUAGCCAAACGGGCAGUCAAAAACCAGGGAAUAACGUUGUGACCAUUUCUGUUGGUGGCGCAUCAGCCCGGAACGGCCAGAUUUUAUCCGUAAGUGAUUUCAAUUUCCAUAAGGCUUGUAUUAAACACUCCACCUUGCAUAACUAAAUAACAUACAAUACAUGUGAUUAAAUGACAUAUGCUCUACCUGCUUGUAACUAACAUACGCUCUGAGUAGGUUUGACAUACACUCUGCUUGUUGUUGAAUUGGUCACAGAGUUUUCAAUGUUCGAUUGUUUCUAUAAUCAGCAAACAUCUGUUUAACUACAGCAACUCCCUGUUUAACUACAGCAAUCUUGGACAAUCUCCGUUAUAUAUCAUUUUUUACGUUUCUCUUCUCGCCCUGUCUUAUAUAUCUUGUUUACACGUCCUUCUCACCCUGUCUUAUGUAUCAUUCUUUACAUGUCUCUUCUCGCACUGUCUUAUAUAUCAUCGUUCACAUGUCUGUUCUCACCCUGUCUUAUAUAUCAUUGUUUACAUGUCUGUUCCCACCCUGUCUUAUAUAUCAUUGUUUACAUGUCUCUUCCAACCCUGUCUUAUAUAUCAUUGUUUACAUGUCUCUUCCAACCCUGUCUUAUAUAUCAUUGUUUACAUGUCUUUUCUCACCCUGUCUUAUAUAUAAAUGUUUACAUGUCUCUUCCCACCCUGUCUUAAAUAUCAUUGUUUACAUGUCUUUUCCCACCCUGUCUUAUAUAUCAUUGUUUACAUGUCUCUUCCAACCCUGUCUUAUAUAUCAUUGUUUACAUGUCUCUUCCAACCCUGUCUUAUAUAUCAUUGUUUACAUGUCUUUUCUCACCCUGUCUUAUAUAUAAAUGUUUACAUGUCUCUUCCCACCCUGUCUUAAAUAUCAUUGUUUACAUGUCUUUUCCCACCCUGUCUUAUAUAUCAUUGUUUACAUGUCUCUUCUCGCACUGUCUUAUAUAUCAUUGUUUACAUGUCUCUUCUCGCACUGUCUUAUUUAUCAUUGUUUACAUGUCUUUUCCCACCCUGUCUUAUAUAUCAUUGUUUACAUGUCUCUUCCCACCCUGUCUUAAAUAUCAUUGUUGACAUGUCUUUUCCCACCCUGUCUUAAAUAUCAUUGUUUACAUGUCUCUUCCCACCCUGUCUUAAAUAUCAUUGUUUACAUGUCUUUUCCCACCCUUUCUUAUAUAUCAUUGUUUACAUGUCUCUUCUCGCACUGUCUUAAAUAUCAUUGUUUACAUGUCUCUUCCCACCCUGUCUUAAAUAUCAUUGUUUACAUGUCUUUUCCCACCCUGUCUUAUAUAUCAUUGUUUACAUGUCUCUUCUCGCACUGUCUUAUAUAUCAUUGUUUACAUGUCUCUUCUCGCACUGUCUUAUAUAUCAUUGUUUACAUGUCUCUUCUCGCACUGUCUUAUAUAUCAUUGUUUACAUGUCUUUUCCCACCCUGUCUUAAAUAUCAUUGUUUACAUGUCUCUUCCCACCCUGUCUUAAAUAUCAUUGUUUACAUGUCUUUUCCCACCCUGUCUUAUAUAUCAUUGUUUACAUGUCUCUUCCCACCCUGUCUUAUAUAUCAUUGUUUACAUGUCUCUUCUCGCACUGUCUUAUAUAUCAUUGUUUACAUGUCUUUUCCCAUCCUGUCUCAUAUAUCAUUGUUUACAUGUCUCUUCCCGCCCUGUCUUAUAUAUCAAUGUUUACAUGUCUCUUCAGACCCUUUCUCAUAUAUCAUUGUUUACACGUCUGUUCCCACCCUGUCUUAUAUAUGAUUGUUUACACGUCUGUUCCCACCCUGUCUUGUAUAUCAUUGUUUACACGUCUGUUCCCACCCUGUCUUAUAUAUCAUUGUCUCUUCCCACCCUGUCUUAUAUAUCAUUGUUUACAUGUCUCUUCCCGCCCUGUCUCACCCAGCCUCUCAGUUGAAAUGUUUAAACUAUUUAAGAACACGGCAUGGGGUGGGGGUGGGGCGGCAGUGUGCUCAUCACUGGACGGGUAAUGGACUGUUUCUUCCUCUUCUGUUGUAUGACAAUAAUAAUUUCUGACUGGAGUAGAAUAACUUAAACAACGGUUUUAAUUUGAGUGAAUGGCAUGACCUCAUUACAACCUGGUGGAGUACAAUAUGGCCUCAUUACAACCUGGUUGAUUACAACAUGUCCUCAUUACAACCUGGUUGAUUACAAUAUGUCCUCAUUACAACCUGGUUGAUUACAAUAUGUCCUCAUUACAACCUGGUUGAUUACAACAUGUCCUCAUUACAACCUGGUUGAUUACAAUAUGUCCUCAUUACAACCUGGUUGAUUACAAUACGGCCUCAUUACAACCUGGUUGAUUACAAUAUGGCCUCAUUACACAUUGAAUACAUGGCAACACGCGGAAUAUAUGGCCACACAUGGAAUGCAUGCCACGCAUUGCCACUCAUUGCCACUCACAGCCACACACUUCCACUCAUUGCCACAGAUUGCCGCUCAUUGCCACUCACAGCCACACACUUCCACUCAUUGCCACACACUUCCACUCAUUGCCACACAUUGCCGCUCACUUCCACUCAUUGCCACACACUGUCACUCACUUCCACUCAUUGCCACACAUGAAUGCCUGGCGUUGAAAGGCUACAAUGUCCUGACAUUAUUUCUAUGAUAUGGCAAAGAUGGCUUACGUCGCUGGCACCAUCUGUGUCGUACAUCUCAAGUUUAUUUUGUGUUAUUGAGCGUGAAUUAUUGAACGCUUUCCAUGCUUACGGGACAGCUUUUGGCGGACUAUGUGUGUUAGAUAGAGAGGUAGAACGAUAGAAAGAGGUGGAGACGGUGAGAAAGGGUGUCCCAUGCCAAGGGUGCCACGUGCCAAGGGUGCCGGUUUUUGUAUGCAUCCCAACCACCCCCCCCCUAGCGCCACACUGGGUGUCGUGUAAUAUUUAAAAAAAACUCAAAUAUAAAAAAUAUUUUUGUUUUUAAAACCACACGUAAACAAUACAUUUCCCGUCUGCCUCGUCUUCAGCCGUCCUAGCGACCACGCCCCUGGGUCAAUAACAACAAUGAUCAACCCUUGUCUCAUCACGAGAGACGAGCGCUCGAUAAGUUCCCGCUGAGUGUCACCAGCCAGCCAUUGUGGAUGUGUGGUCAUGCGGAUGAGAGCGGUUUACGUUAGCGAGUAAAUCUAGAUCUGUGCAAUGACUUGUGACUAUUCUAUUGGAACCUGUGCUCUAUAGUAUAGGAUCGAAUUCUCUGUGACUUACCAUUAGAUUUUUUAAAAGUAUUUCAUAAACUAAAUUAUUACCCAACAUGUAUACCUACCUGUUAGUGUUACGUACUAACUUGUAUUAAACAGAAGGUAAUUCAUUCAACAAGUGUCCAGAAAAGCUGCACUGUCUGUUUACAGUAGAGAUAGAGGUGUAGAUUUCAUGAGGAUAUGAAAGACUGAUUGUUGGGCAACUCAGUACGUGGAUACUCUUGACAUAACAACUUAAGCCUGUCCGUGAAAACAUUUUAAUAGAAGAGAAAAUAUUUGUUUUUUUAGUUGUUGUUUUUUAAACACGAUAGAUGGCAACAAAUUGACCUUGUGGUUGCAGGGGCAUUAGUGACAGCCCACAACCUUGUGGUGGCAGGGGCAUUAGUGACAGCCCACAUCCUUGUGGUGGCAGGGGCAUUGGUGACAGCCCACAACCUUGUGGUGGCAGGGGCAUUAGUGACAGCCCACAACCUUGUGGUGGCAGGGGCAUUAGUGACAGCCCAUAACUGCAUACAUUUCAUAUGAUUGAAACAUGAUGUAAUUAAUUCAAGUUUUUUUUUUGCCCCGUUUUCACGAGUGACCGCCAAGAAAUGGUGGAGUCCGCCUCUGACACAAGUGGACUAGGGUGUUCGACUACCUCUCGUAUCAACAGAUCGGGUUUACUCCCCUACAACAUGUCGUGCUGGUGCUGCUUAACUCAUGACAGCAAUUCUUCAUUUUACCUAUGAGAAUUCAUGAUUCUACAUGAUUAUAUGUGAUUAUACAUGAUUAUACAUGAUUAUACAUGAUUUCACAUGAUUAUACACAUGUACCGUAUGCGAAAAAGAUUUGUAACGUGCCAAAAAUAAGAUGAUAUCAAGAUGUCAAUGCCGUAAUAAGAGUUGAUUAUGCAACUACCUGCCCGCUCCAGUUGUUCGAUAGACUCUACAUUAGACUAGUUUAUGUGCCAUAAUGGUGGUGCAGGGGUGACUUGUUAGUUUGUUACGCUAACAGAACGAACUUACAUCGCAAAAAUUUCAUGUGUCACCUCCGACAAUCCAGCUGUCACAUCAGACAAUCCGGCUGUCAUAUCAGACAAUCUGGCAGCAUCUGGCUGUCACAUCAGACAAUCCGGCUGUCAUAUCAGACAAUCUGGCAGCAUCUGGCUGUCAUAUCAGACAAUCUGGCAGCAUCUGGCUGUCACAUCAGACAAUCCGGCUGUCACCCACAUUAGGAAAAAAUCACCCUAUUCACAAUGAACCCAAAUAUCGCAUAGACAAAGACAGCUGUCACAUAAGAAAUGCAGCUGUCACAUCAGAAAAUCAACCUGUCAUAUCAGCUAUCUCAACCGUAACGUACAGAAGUCGCGUCCAUGUAAGAACUUUGACGGACUCAGUCGUAAAAAUGUCACAUAUGUCACGUUCCAACGUGACGCUGCUGUGACCAAACUGAUAUGGCGAUGGCUAUGACAUCACAGACGAAAAUCUAAAUGGAUGGCUGUCUAGGACACAGGGGCUUUAGGCUGCCCCGGCCUGAGGUCUACACACCUGUGGAGUUGGCUGUCAUAGAUGACCAGAUCAAGGUAGAGAUCGGAGAAUAAGGGUGGGGGAGGGGGAGUGUUGAUGAGACCCUGAAGUUCACAGAAGUCCAGCAUAAUUUGUUGGUCCUUGUAUGUUACUUGGUUUGCACUUGUAUACAUAAACGGCACCUUCUGUUGCAGAGACUUGUUUUUAGUGUUAGAACUGGACGGCAUGUUCACGUCGAACCCAGGGGCGCCAAGCUCUUCAACACCCACCAGACCCGCUCAUUAUAAUCUGCUGAACUUGUUACUUCGCCCUCACUGGCUGGACCAUGAAACCGAAUGACGGCCGGGGGGGGGGGGGGGGGGGGGGGGGGGGGGGGGGGCUUGGGGCAGGGGCUAAGACUGUGAGAAUUCCAGGCGAACUCUCUGCCAGAUAUCAGAACAUAUGUGACCUUAUUAUGGGGGGUUAGGGUAGUUGGUGUACACCGCCUUAACCAUUAAAAUACCUCUUACCCACCAACAUGGAAACAAAUAACUGCCCCCCCCCCAAAAAAAAAUAAAAAAUAAAUAAAUAAAAAUAAUAAUAAUAUAAAAAAGAAACAAAUAACUGCCCCCCCCCCCAAAAAAAAAAUAAAAAAUAAAUAAAUAAAAAUAAUAAUAAUAUGGAAAUGCAGUUAUCUUCUAAGCCUAACCCCAAUCCUAACCCUUGACGCAAUCCUAAAUCUAAUCCUAGCCCAACCCUAAAGGAUAAGAACAAGGGUAGACCGGGUGCUUUAUGAAUACACAGAACUGACUGGUUGGCAUCUUGCAGUCGACACAAUUUAUUGAUUUACGAUUGUAAAUAAUUCAGUAAAACUAGAAGAUCUCAUGUUUCUGUGCUAGAUAUUGUACAUUUUAAAUGCAUUCUUGCAUUGCCAGCCGGUCGGCUUGUAGUAUCUAUAGAGUUAAUGGGGGAAAUUUCUGAUUCCUUGAAUGAUUUCCAAUUAUUCUAAUUUAUCUAAUUUAUCUUAGCUCUAUUCGCCUUUCAUCUGUUUUUAAUUAUUAUUUUUUUUAUCUUAGAUCAAAUUUAUCUUAGAUCUAAUUUAUUUUAGAUUUAAUUUAUUUUAGAUCUAUUUAUCUUACUCAGAUCUAUUUUAUCUUAUAUCUCAUUUAAUCAGAUCUAUUUGCUCUUAGAUCUAUUUUAACCCUGAUUUCUUCAACCAAUAUCAGAUCGAGGCUCUAAAGAAGAAUGCCACGGAGAAGUAUGGG